AUUCACGUCAAAUCUCUCGUGCUAUACAUGGCUAAACUGACAUACGAUGUAUACUUAUCGCACGCGUGGCGAAACACGCGAGUAAUGAAUUAAACGAGCAGCAUUAUCCGCAACCAAUGCCUGAAAUUCGACUUGGCGAUGACGCCGCCGGCGAGCAUGGAGCAAUAUCGACUCGAGCAGGAGGCGUUCGUCUCGAAUCACGGGGGCACGACGCCGCAGGAGGUGAUUUUCACGCUUCUGCCGACCGUAUGCGGCGUCCUGCUGGCGGCGACGACUCUGGGGAUCCUUAAGAAGUACACCCACGAAAAUGUGAGAGCCGUCGUGGAAUUCACACUAACUGUCAUCCCGACUAUCUUGUGUUGUACCGUAUUGUCAGAAAGCAUCGUCGCCGUGUGCGUGACAAUGGUAUUGAUUUCUCUGCUAAACAUAAUGCUGCUCUUGAGAAAAAGAGUUAAUCUCACCGAUUUAACUAUGCGGCCGGUCACCGGCAAAAGACCCUUCCUAACUAAUUUUCGCGCGCUGACCAACAUUAUCACCGCGAUUUGCAUACUGGCCGUCGACUUUCGUAUCUUCCCACGGAGGUUCGCCAAGACGGAGGUGUCCGGGUACAGUCUAAUGGACACGGGUGUCGGGCUGUUCGUGUUGGCGAAUGCGUUGGUCGCGCCGGAGGCCCGGGACUUCUCCGCCUACCGUCAAGCGGGUUUUUCGGAAACCCUGACGAGAAAUAUGAAGGGUUGCUUCCGAAGUUGCGUGCCCCUCCUGCUGCUGGGACUCGGACGAUUCGCGGUGGUCGAGUACGUAGGGUAUCAGAAGCACGUCACCGAGUACGGCGUUCAUUGGAACUUUUUUGUAACUUUAGCCAUCGUCAAGCUGUUCACCAGCAUGAUCACCAGCACCGUUAGCUCGAGGUACUCGCUACUCUCAGGUAUUUGGAUACUGUGGAUGCAUGAGUACACCAUGGGCACCAAGGGCUUAGAAGCGUGGGUUUUGCGGGACGGGCCGCGAGACGACUUUUUCUCUGCCAAUCGGGAGGGCCUAAUAUCCGUACCUGGUUACGUAGGACUGUAUUUCGUUGGUGUAGCUGUUGGGAGAUUGAUACAUUCAACAUAUCAAAAUUCCCACGCACGAUCGGGUAUGAACGUAUCUGUGAAACUUCACGGUUUUGAGUUCGGAAUUCGCUACAAUGAGUCUAUGCUGUUGUGUAUUAAAUUAUGCCUGAUCUCAGCGCUAACUUGCGUCGCGAUAUUAUUCUGCGAUUUCAAGAUUUCGAGGAGAUUAGCCAAUGCCGGGUACUGCAUGUGGAUAGUGAUCCUAACGACUACACUGCUUAGUUUCUUGUUGCUCGUAGAGGUUGUGCUGGAUAUAACUAAUUGCGCGAUAAGCGAGCCGUGCGUUGAAAGCAAAACGGAGAGGAUGCGUAAAAGUUUGCGAUUGAAUUUAAAGAAACACGUGGAGAGUGAGAGGGAAGAAAGUAACGAGUGUGUAAUCAGGAGAUCCUUAGAGAUUUGCGACGCUGUAAAUUACAACGGCCUAUUCUUUUUCCUGGUCAGUAACGUUCUGACUGGUAUUGUCAAUAUGUCAGUGCAUACAUUGUACGCCGAGCAAUCGGUAGCUCUGUUAAUAUUAAUUAUAUAUAUGGCUGUGAGUAUAAUUUCAGCAUUGAUACUUUACAGGCUUAAAAUACCGAUCAAACUGUGAAAUGUGUACAAAGAUGGUGUUGAGUCAGUUUUAAUGAAUUUACAAUAUUUGAUCGAGAUUUUGACAAUCUUGCUGAAAACAAUAUUUCUUCCAUAAAUCUUUUUUAUGUUAAAGAUAUUGCAUAAUUUAUACCUAAACGUGUACAAUGAAUUUUAUUAAUAGUUUUUUCUAUUCUUCGUUAUAGAGAAAGAUUACGUUAUA